AUGUCCCAGGUUUCUCGACGACCAGGUCUCUCCCAGAUUUCCUUGAUAUUCGCGUGCGGGACGGCCCUGUUUUCCGAUGGAUACGCUAACGGUGUCAUUGGUCUUGUCAAUACUCUGCUCCUGCGCAUAUAUGGACCAGAGCAAGUCACUUCCAACUACAGCAGCACGAUCCUCAGCGUCACGUUCGCGGGAACCAUCUUCGGAAUGCUCACAUUCGGAUACUUGUCAGACAGGCUGGGUAGGAAGUUUGGAAUGAUGACAGCGACGGGAAUCGUCGCCUUCUUCUCCCUCCUCUCCGCCGCAUCCAGCGGCGCACACCAUAGCGUCCGCGGGCUACUCGACAUGCUCUCUUUUUGCAGAUUCUUCCUCGGGAUUGGAGUCGGCGCGGAGUACCCAUGCGGAUCUGUUGCAGCCUCGGAGCAAUCGGAGGAGCCUGGUAUCGACAAGAACGCUCAACAUCGAUGGUUCGCUUUGGCUACGAACACGAUGAUCGACUUCGGUUUCGUCAUAUCAGCAGUUGUUCCUCUCAUCCUCGUCCUCAUUUUCGGCGAGAAUCACCUCCGGGCCGUAUGGAGGAUAUCCCUUGGUCUUGGUUUUAUCCCUGCUAUGUGCGUGUUUUUGUGGCGUCUUCGUAUGGAAGAGCCCACGCGCUUCAAGAAGGACUCGAUGAGGAACGCGAAGGUCCCAUAUAUGCUCAUUUUGAAGCGCUACUGGGCGAGCCUGGCCGCCAUAUCCGCGACGUGGUUCAUUUACGACUUCAUAACGUACCCCUUUGGGCUGUAUAGUUCCACCGUUACGAACAUUAUUACAGGGUCGGACGCUACGCUUGUAGUCGUCUUUGGUUGGGCGGUGGUCAUCAACUUGUUCAACAUCCCGGGAACCGUCAUCGGCGCCUUCGUAGUCGACUUCCUCGGUCCCAAGUACACGAUGAUCACAGGCCUGCUUUGUCAAGCCACCAUCGGCUUCAUCAUGAGCGGACUCUACUCCAAGCUCGUCUCGCACAUCGCGGCCUUCGCCGUCGUCUACGGCGUGUUCCUGAGCUUCGGCGAGUUCGGCCCCGGGAACUGCCUCGGCAUGCUCGCCGCCAAGUCCGGGCCCACCGCCGUCCGCGGCCAGUUCUACGGCAUCGCCGCCGCGAUGGGCAAGGUCGGCGCGUUCGCCGGGACGUGGGCGUUCCGGAGCAUCGUGGACGCUUUCGCGAAGGCGCACCCGGACGACCCCACGAUUGGCCAGACGGGCCCGUUCUGGAUCGGCUCGGGGCUCGCGGUCCUGAGCGCGGCGAUCACGUUCUUCUUCGUGCGCCCGCUCUCGCACGACGGCAUGGAGAGGGAGGAUCGCGAGUUCCGUUCGUACCUCGAGGCGAACGGGUAUGAUACCACGCAGAUGGGGCUGCGCGGGGAGACGGAGACCGUCGACUCGUCUGCUGGCGACGAGAAGCCGGAAGGCGCGUGA